GCGCAAGCCACGCGGCGCAGGGCGCACGGCGUAGCCUCCCAGCCAACGUCGGGGAAACCAUGCAUUCCGUAUUCUGCUUAGUCUUUGGUUUUUACGUUUGGAGCUUUUUUACUCUUCUGGGGCAAAGGAAAGCGGAGGGCACCGAAGAAGUGAAAAUAGAAGUGUUGUUUCGCCCCGAAAACUGUUCUAAGACCAGCAAGAAAGGCGACCUGCUGAAUGCCCACUACGACGGUUACUUGGCCAAAGAUGGCUUGAAAUUCUACUGCAGCCGGACACAAAACGAAGGCCAUCCCAAAUGGUUUGUUCUUGGUGUUGGUCAAGUCAUAAAAGGACUAGACAUUGCUAUGAUGGAUAUGUGCCCUGGAGAGAAGCGAAAAGUAAUUAUACCCCCUGCGUUCGCCUAUGGAAAGGAAGGCUAUGUGGAAGGCAAGAUUCCUCCUGAUGCAACACUGAUUUUUGAGAUUGAACUUUAUGCUGUGACAAAGGGACCACGGAGCAUUGAAACAUUUAAGCAAAUAGAUGUGGACAGUGACAGACAUCUCUCUAAAGAUGAGAUAAAUCAAUACUUGGAAAAGGAAUUUGAGAAAGAUAAGAAGCCACGUGACAAGUCAUAUCAGAAUGCAGUGUUAGAAGAUAUUUUCAAGAAGAAUGACCAUGACGGUGAUGGCUUAAUUUCUUCCAAGGAAUAUAAUGUAUAUCAACAUGAUGAGCUAUAGCACACUUUUAUUUCUAUAUUUUCUUGGUGACAUACUGUACUUUUGAAUAUAAAACAAGGUCAGUUUUUCCAAGUUAUGUUUUCACCGUAGCAGGAUAUAUUUUGGUCCCCAUGAAUACAUGUAAUUUUAGUAUAAUAAAUGUGAGGCUGCUUUGCAAAUUUAA